AUGAUGAACUUAAUACGUUUAUAUUUAUUUUUAUCUAGUUUUUUAUCAUUCAUGUCAUUUGAUCAACGAAGCACCGGAGGAAACGAAGAACUCAUUAAGCGCUUGUUUAACAAGAUUUAUACGGCCAUCCUAAGUGAAAAAAUCUUCUGUCCGCCAGAAACUGCCGUUUAUUUAGCUGCAUAUGCGUGCCAAGCGAAAUUUGGCACCGCGGUUUCAUUUCGAAAUCCCGUUCCACCUGUUAAAGAUUUAUUGCCUAAAAGUACACUCGAUAACCAUAAUCUCACUAUAAGAGAAUGGGAAGAUCGUAUCUCAAUAUGGCAUCAAAAACUUCGUGAUACGCCUUUUCAAGACGCAAUUGUUGAAUAUCUUGAUAUUGCUCAGGAUGUUGAGUUAUAUGGGGCAUCCAUUUUUGAAGUCGAAACUCAUAGCCAUGUUCGAAAAUGGAUUUCAUUAGACGCUGUUGGACUUAAUAUCUACGACAGCAAAAGGAAGCCACCUACAAGAAGAUACGUCUGGUCUGAUAUCUCCUCUUUCGUGGCCAAGUAUAAUAAGAUUGAACUUAAACUAGCACAUGAUCCCAAACAGACCAUCGAAUUCAUCAUUCAAAAUCAGGCGAUGGGUAAACUGCUUGAAGGACUUUUUGUUGGAAGUAAGGAGCUCUACUCUCGACGCAAGAAAAAUGAUGUCUCAUCCAAAUACAUUCGUCGAUCUGAGAGUAAUUCCAGUCUAAGAAUGAGGCCACAAAAGCUGUCACCAAUAGAGUUAAUGCAACUCGAACAGCAAAUCACUGAACUCGAAUUGGAAUUGCCACGUAGGGCAACAGAUUAUGAGUACGCCGCGUGGCAAGUAAAAGACCAACUUCGACAAUCUCGAGGAAUUGAGACAAAACUCUCAUUGAAUCAGCCCUCCACCGAAGACACACGUCAGCUGCAACACCGCGUUGCUCAAAUUCGUGUAUUUUUAGAACAGGAUUUCUUCAAAGAAAAGGAGCCCUUGAAUCGCCUUCAUCGAUAUCGCGGAAACUUUGCUAUUCGAAUUGGUGGAACAUUGUUGGGUCGAUCGAACGGUUAUUCCUCGGACAUUGACUCAGAAUCGGAGAACACAAAUGUUAAAAGCACAGCUCCACAAUCUGUUCAACCAAAACAUCUGUCUUCAUUUGUCCCUUCUGUUACAUCAAGUCCAGUCUCGUCACCAUCAGAUACCGAAGAUCGUAGUCAUGUAGAGCAUUCCUUCAAAGGAACCGGUAAAUCUCCCAAGGAUCCACCACUCUCCACUAUGCCUUCUCUACCUCCUCCACUUUCACCUGAAGGGUCUAGCCCACUUAAGCCACCAAUCAAUAGCUCUCCUCCGAAACCCAUCAACUACAAUCAAGACGCCUACCCAAAACUGCCAGAGAAUUCAAUUCCUACGUUUGUAUCAGACGACCAAUCGCUGUCCACUUCCAUUCCUAUUCGUGGCAACCCUGGUUACCCCCAAUUCCGUGAAGGCUUACAAUUCGAUCCUCCAACUCCAGCUUCUACAUCACAAACAUGGAAAUCGGUUCUAAGUCCGACUAAUCAGGAUUCUUUCAGAGGUUAUGCUAAAGGUCGACUUUCAGCUGCAAAUAAUGAAUCUCAGGAUAAAGGCAUGUUCAAUCGACCCCCAAUUCACCCCAAACCAAAGGUGGCCCCAAGAGGUACUGCAGACCCUCGAAUCAUAACACCAGACUACUACACCGAUAGACCAUCCUCCGAUAUUGACCCCAAGUUCACGUCACUCAAAUUCAUUCAAAGUGGUUACACAAAGAAACGAGUUGAUCUCUUCGAAGCACUCUGA